AUGAGAAGACUCCAGGAUAAAGUGAAUUAACAACUGAAAAAUUAUAGAGAUAAAUUGAAUAGAUGGUAGAUAGUUUGUAAGGAGAAUUGGAAGAUGAAAAUAUAUGAUCAAGUAAAAAUAUAUAAAAUAUUAAUAAUUUAAUAAUUAACAACUAUUUUUUGCAUGAAAGCUAAAGCCUCUUAAAUAUCUCCUGAUAAAUUAUAUGCUUCACUUCUCAAAAAGAAAAGUGAUUAAGAAUAAUAAGCUCGUCUAAAAUCACCAAUUGUAAAUCCUAAUAAGUAUACACAUCAUUUUAUUAUUUAGAUAUCUAGUUCCAAGCAAUAGGAAUGGAAUUGGCAAUUCUAAAAUAGAAGCUAAAAAAUCAAGACCAACUAGCGGAAAAGAUUUUAAAGAUGUUAGCAGUGUAUUACUCAAAAAAACUCAUGCACGUUAGAAUAGCAAAUUAAUCGAAACUAAAGAAAAUUCACAAAAUAUAUCUGCUAAUGCCUUAUCAAUCUUAUUAAAAAUCAAGUAAGAAAGACCUGAAACUAAAUAACCUGUUAUUCAGUAAAACAAAGAUAUAUUCAAUCAAUAAAGCAUUUCUAAAAAAUAUCAAAAAUUAAUGGAAAUGACUAAGCAACAAUAAUAAAACAUAGUUAAAUCUAAACUCUUUAAAGGACCACGUUCAAUUAGUAAUCCAGAUAUUUCAAAUUUAUAACUCUACAUUACUAAAGCUAAUGGAUUAAGUUCUCCUGGUAUGCUUUAUAAUGGUUAAACUAAAACCAAUCAAGAUAUCUAUAAAUUAAUCAACAAAUUUAACAAUAAAGAUAAUGAUUGGUAUAUAUAAGUUUCAGAUGGUCAUGGCACUAAUGGCCAUUAAGUAGCUUAAUUCUUAUAAUAAGUCUUACCUUCAUUUAUUGNGUAUUAAAUGCAAUUAAAAAAUCUAAAUCACAAAAAUCAUUAAUUUAACUUAAAGAUAAUGAAAUAUAUGUAGAAGAGACUUUGGAUUAAACUCAAAAGAAAGAUACAAAUUUUGCUGAUUUAUUCACAAAUGAUGGUUCAUCACUAGAUAUGGGAUAAUAAGUUAUAUUUGAAGAUUCUCCAAGUGCUCCUAUGGUUGAAUUACCUUAAGAUGAAAAUUUGGAAUAUGUGA